AUGCUAGGAGUUCUGGUUCGUCAUAGACGGAAGCAAGAUGAAAUAAUCAGAAAGAUACCACAGGUCCUCCGGGAAAGCAGGAUUUUGGACUCGUUACUUGUCGCCAAAAGCCUUAAUCUUUUUUUGGAUGUCUGCGAGGAGUAUCAAACCUCAAUACCAAAGAAGAUAUUCCAGGAUGUUUGUGACUUUGUAUUCCAGCAGGCUGUACCACGUGAUACUUCAGUACAACAAUUAAAGAUGCCCCAGAAGGUUAUGGAAAAGUUCAUCCACCAGGGUUGGAACCAAGGAACCCAAAAGACCACAGCAGAAAGAGACGUCCAAGAAGGAGAAUCAUCUUCAUGUGAUCUGUCACCUUCUGAACAUCAGCAGCUCUGCAAGGAUCAUCGGAACAUACUCAUGGAUGCAUUUGGCCACUUAAUCUGCUGCUGUCCUGCUGAUGCUCUGGACUUCUUGCAGACUCAGAUGAAGGAUGAUACCGAACGGAUUCGUGUGGGAUUUUUAAGGAAUCUAAACAUGAUUGUCAGCAGCGAUGAGCCAUGCGGGACCAGAAAUAAGAAGCGCCCAAUUGUGGAAGCAGUUAAAUGUCUUCUGGAUGACCACCGUGAAGGGGUGAGAAAAGCGAUCCUGUGCUUUAUUAAAGAGCUUCUUCGUUCUCAAAACGUCGAGGGCUGUGCCGUGUGGGAGAUGGUUGCCUAUGUCUUCAAGCAGUUCACUGUGCCCAUUGGCCAACCACACGGGAAAAGCCCUGUCGCCAACCGGAAGGAAAAAGAAAAAGAAGAGCGCGUUCAAGAACUUUGCAUUGAUGUCUUGGAGCACUUGAACACUUCUGCGGAAGGGAUGAGUAAAGCUCUGUGGCCAAAGCUCCUCUUCUUUGUGGUGCCAGCUGUGUACACUCCGACUCUGACCCCGCUCUGCAGAUGUUUGAAGGAGCUGGCCUUCAUUCGGCAGGACGAUUCAACCCUUUUCCUUGGAUCCUGCAAAGGAGUGUGUCUUCCAAGUGCCCAAGGACUGGUGGCAAGGCUUCUGGUCCUGGCCUCCAAUCCUACCCAGAGAGGGAGUUGGGCCUUGCAGCUCUUGCACGCCCUGCAUGGCAACAUCCACACAGCCAUCACCAAGCUGUGGGCAAAACAAGUCCCGUUUCUUUGGGAAUCCUUCCAAAUCUCUUCCCCAACAGAAAGCACCGAGAUCCAGAGAAAGAAAUGGGAGCAAACGCUGCUGCAGUUCCUGAGAAGGACCCUGGAAACCAUCGAUGACAACACUUGGACCCAGAAUCUGAGCAGAGAGUUGGAAAGUCAGAUGGCAAGCUAUGCCCAGCAGUCCGCUGAAAGGAAUUUCCUCUAUAAAUCUCUGGGAGUUUCACUGACAUGUUGUGUAGAUCCAAUCUUUGUUCAACGCCGGAUGCAACACUUGGUCGAAAAUGCUAAUUAUAUGGAAGCGCUGGAGAGAGAGAAAGUCAUCAAGAUCCUUUCUUUUUCUGCCAUGGGACAUUUAGAUCUAACCUUGGCCACAUUGCAUGCAUUUGGAGCAGGGAUGGGUCUGAAAAUUAAAAUAUCCUCUAUCGUCAGCCGCUACAAGGACUACCAGCAAGGCAGACGGGGUCACGUCCACCAAAUGUUGAUGCUCGCAUACGGCAAAGUGGCUCUCCAUGCCCCAAAGGAGCUCCUCCUCCCUAGGGUGGAGGCCGACAUAAUGAAGAGAGUCCUCUACUAUUACCGGAAGAGCUGCCAGGUGCUGGGUGUCAGCAUUGAAAACAAGGAUGCAAAUCUCAAGCUGGCCCUUGUUCAGAGCACCACAGAUAUCUGCCAAGCUAUCCAUGAGACCCACAACUUCCAGAACUUCGAGUUAACUUCCAGGAAGGAACUUCUGGAUAUCUUGCUGGAUUUCAUCAAAGAGGAGCCACUGGAUUCUUUGAAUACCCCACUUCGUUCCAAAGCCAUAACUGCCCUUGCAUUCCUGAGCAAAAUGAAGCCAUGUUUGACCAUGGAGGAAAUUCGCAGUCUCCUUGAUCUUAGCAUCAAAAGUUUGUUUUCCCUUCCUCCCCUGGAGCAGCUGAAAGAGAAAAGGGAGACAGCAAGAGAUGCUGUAGACAUAGAGUUACUGUAUGCUUGUUCCAUGGAUGCCCUUGGAAAACUCAUGAAGAGCAUCGUAGAGGAACACCCAACGUCUGAACUGAUGGACGAAAUGUUCCAGCUCAUCGAUCCCUGGUUUACUCAAACAGAGGGCAGCCGGGAGAAAGCCCUGCAGGCCAGCUUCCAGACCUUGACUGCCUUUCAAGAGAACUUUCACCUCCCUGAUGGAGAAAAUUUCCAACAAUUUGGGUCACUGGUUGCAUUCCUUGCCCCCUACACCUGUGACAAUUCCAUCAGAUGCCGGCAGUGGGCAGCCCAAUGCAUAAUUUGCCUCAUGCACAUACAAGCUCAGUCAAGCUUGACAGCAAAGGAGGAAGAAGAAAUGUCGUCCGCCUGUAACGAGCUCAGGGGCGACGUUCAUGAUGAUCUAUUCAGGGCAUCAUGCAGAAUGGCUAAGGUGGUCAGUGCACAUUUCCCACCAACUCAAGCCCUGGAUUUCAUAGAGGCUAUCCUAGAAGACUUGGUGUCCGGAAACAAAAUGUGUGCUGCUGCUGCUGGCCGCUGGCUGCUGACCAUACUUCAAGACUCCGGAGAUACUAUGGAAGCACAGGUAUCUGAGAUCUUGGACAUAUUCUACAGCCGCUUGCCUACCCUCAAGGAAGAUGAUCUGCGGCAGGUCCUGGUAGAAGCCGUGUCUGCUGUUGCCCAUUAUCAUUUGGACACCGUGUUCAGCAGCCUCUUCCGGCGGCGCCUCCCAAUGGACAGUGAAACAGGCGAGCUCUGGAGGUCUCUAGGCAAAGACCCUCCCCUUGCCGUGCUGAUUCUGCACAAGUUAGCAGCCAGGGUUGCACAGCCUUCGAGUCUGGGAACCCCUUUGUCUUCCGACAGCGACGAGACUGUGGAAUUUGCAGAUGAAGAACCUCUGAAAGCCACUUGUGCCAUCUAUGAAGUCCUGUCCGUGCUGCAGACUGAGGAGGUUAUCCAGGAGCUGUUCCCAGAGUUGUUCUGUGCCCUCCUGUGGCAGGUCAGCAAAACCCUGGAACAGAAGAUGCCUAUUUGCGAGGGCCGCCGGAGGCUGUUUCUGAGAGAACAGCAAUUGUCUGAAGGCAACCCCUGCAGACUUUCUGUGGCAAGUCUGAAGGCUCUUGUGUUGAAGCUUAUCUGUGACUCAUCAGUAGCAGAAAUUGGAGAGGUGAAUACCUGGACUUUACUUGGGGAUGCUAGAACCCAUCAGGACGGUGUUUCUCUAUUGACCAGAUGUCUGUUUCAGAAUAGACUUCUCCACCACAAGAUCAUUCAGAAUGCCCUCCCCUGGAUGAAUUCAGGGUCCGAGAAACUCCGGCUAACAGGAACCGCCUUCUUUACAGAGGCAAUUCGGGAUCCCAUGUUAGGAGAAAGGGAGCGACUGAAAUCUAUCCUUCCCCUCCUGAUAGAGAGAGCGGGGGACCAGCAUCCUGGCAUCCGCCGGAUGGCAAUCAAAGGCCUUGGGAAUGUUCUUCUUGUGGCUCCAGAGAAGGUGAAAGAGCAGAAGAAGACAAUCGUAGCUAUUUUCCUUGGUGCUCUGUAUGAUGGGAUUGUGGUGCUGGAGGGUCUCAGGGCACUUGCCUUGGUCUUUCCUCACCUAAAGAAGCGGGAUGUAGGCUUCCUGUUCAAAGACAUCUCCAUGAAGACCUUCACCUACCUGAGUGAUGAUGAUGUGGACAUUCGGGAGGCUGCUCUCCAUCUCUGUGGCAUCCUGGCAGGUUUGACAAAAUUCGGAUCCAAAACUUUUUUUGCUGAGCAAGUUAGGAAGAGUUUGGUGCCACUUCUGAUUCACCAGUGGGACCCCAGCCCUAAGGUGUCUGAGGCUUGCAGAACUGCAUUUCUGCAGUCGGUGAGGUUUUUGGCAAAAGGGAAGUUGAGGAUGCAUAUUGAAGAACUUUACCGUACCACCAACUUGGGCCUCCCGAAUUUACACAUGCACAUUUGCAAGCAGCUGGUAAAUAUCCAUCCAGAGAUGAGGAGGGAGCUAUUGAAAAAGACAGAGGUGUAUUUCCUAAGCAGGUGGGAAGAGAUCCGAAUAAGAGCCCUUGAGUUGUCAGGAGUCAUUCUGGAGAACAUGCGGCUCACAGAGCUAGAUGAGACAUCUCGCCAGCUUCUGCUGAUCUCUCUUGAGAUGCUUGAGGUGAGCCCCAGCUACAGCGUUCAACAGGCAGCGGCUGACGUGGCAGCCUACAUCAUCAAGAAGUGGGGCGGAGAGGUGCCCAGAACAAGACACCCCCCCACCAGGAGAAGCAGCAGAGCAAAGCCUGCCCCAAUCUGGGUACAGCCUAGCAGAGCCCUAGAAGUUGCUUCGGUCGAAGACCUGUAUGAGUAA